UAGCCGUUCUAUUUAUAUACAUGUGCUUGACGAGUUUAGUGUUGCGUAGAUGAUGGGGAACACAGCUAUGAGUUUGUUGAAAUGGCGGGUCAUUUUACUGUUCCAAUUUUAUUAUCUUUUCGAUCUCACCAUAGCCCAGCCUAAUUUCACUUCUUCUGUAUGUAGUACAGAUUCUAAUAUUACUGAGUUCUCCCCAAAUAGUGCAUAUGACACUAACCUUAACACAAUCCUCUCCUCUGUUUCGCGAAAUAUGGACAGUUUUGGAUUCUAUAAUUCUUCCAUGGGCCUAAACUCCGACACUGUUAGUGUCAUCGCCCAAUGUAGAGGGGAUGUACAAUUACAGGCAUGUCGUGAUUGUAUAAGUAAUGCAACUCGUAAGAUUCUAGAGGUAUGUCCUUACAAGAGAUGGGCCUUAGGUUAUUAUGAUCACUGUAUGCUACGAUAUUCAAAUGAGUCCAUUAUAGGCAACCUUGCAACUCAACCAGAAAGAAUCUUAUUUAACAUAGCAAAUGCCUCGAGUCCGGAUGAGUUUAUGCAAGAUCUAAGAACCAUGCUAGAAAACUUACGAAGUGAAGCUUCACAGGGCGGUAUGCACAAGUAUGCUAGUAAUACUACUCAGGGCCCUGAUUUUCAGACUAUAUAUGCACUUGUCCAGUGCACUGCGGAUUUAACAGCUCAAGAUUGCUCCAAUUGUUUAGACAGUGGCUUUAGAAGUUUACCUAGCUGCUCCUGUUAUAGGAAACAGGGUCUCAACUUUAUGAUGCCCAGCUGCAAUUUUCGGUAUGAAAUUUACUCCUUUUUCGACCAGCGACCAACCCAAGCUCCACCACCCUUAUCACCACCAUCACCGCUGCCACCGCCACUAUCAGGAAAAGAUGAUAAAACAACUCGAACGGUCAUCAUUAUCGUUGUGCCAACUGUUAUAGGUGUUUUUCUUAUUGUCUGUACUUCUUUCAUCUUGAUGAGGAGGCGAAGAAGGAAGCUAGUGAAUGAUAUUCAGAGUAUACACGGUGAUGAUAUUAGCACUGCAGAAUCCUUUCAAUAUGAUUUUUCAACAAUUAGAUCAGCAACAGAUAACUUUUCAAGCGCUAAUAAGUUGGGACAGGGAGGAUUUGGUCCUGUGUACAAGGGUAAGCUUUCAAAUGGUCAAGAAGUAGCAGUGAAAAGAUUGUCAGCAGAUUCUGGCCAAGGUGAUCUGGAAUUCAAAAAUGAAGUCAUGCUGGUUGCUAAACUUCAACACAGGAAUUUGGUUAGGUUACUGGGAUUUUGCUUCGAUGGAACAGAGAGACUUCUUAUCUAUGAAUUUGUUCCCAAUGCAAGCCUUGACCAAUUUUUAUUUGAUCCAGUUAAACGUACGCAAUUAGAUUGGGAAAGGCGAUCCAAAAUAAUAGGAGGGGUUGCCAAGGGAAUUCUUUAUCUUCAUGAGGAUUCUAGACUUCGCAUCAUUCAUCGUGAUCUCAAAGCAAGUAAUGUUCUACUUGACGAAGAAAUGAAUCCUAAAAUUGCAGACUUUGGUAUGGCAAGGCUAUUUACAUUGGAUGAAACUCAAGGCAACACAAGUAGAAUUGUCGGGACCUAUGGAUAUAUGGCACCAGAGUAUGCAAUGCAUGGACAAUUUUCAGUCAAGUCCGAUGUUUUUAGCUUUGGAGUACUAGUCCUAGAAAUUUUAAGUGGACAAAAGAACACUUGUUUCAGAAAUGGAGAAUCUGUGGAAGACCUUUUAAGCUAUGCAUGGACGAAUUGGCAAGAAGGAACAGCUGCAAAUUUGAUUGACCCCAUGUUUAGGGGAAGUUCAGGACUGGUUCGUGACAUCAAGAGAUACAUCCACAUUGCCUUAUUAUGCGUUCAAGAAAAUAUUGGUGAUAGACCAACUGUGGCUGCAGUAGUUCUCAUGCUCAGUAGCCUCUCUCUGAGUCUACCCGUGCCUUCAGGGCCUGCAUACAAUGAUAUUAGCCCAGAGAUUUCACUCAUUAAAGAGCACAAUUCAAAAUCGUCAGAACCUAGAGAAUUAGCCAAAACUAAAUCUAUUUCUUCGUCACGUAAUGAGGCAUCCAUAACUGAGUUAUACCCUCGUUAAUAUCCUUACACAUAAUAAGACCCCUCUUUUUUGAGCUACUUUUGUUAUUUGUUCCAACUCUAGUUAGUUUUGAAUUGAGAUUGAUUUAUCAAUGGUUUUUGUGCUCCGCAUAAAAGGCAACUUGUUUCAUAUGUAUUAGUUGUACUAGUCCUCAAAACGUAUGUUGCAUGUUUCAGCCCACCUACUAUAUAAAAUUUAUAUAUCAAACUCAUGUUGAUAA